AUGGUUCAAUCGUCCGUCUUAGGUUUCCCAAGAAUUGGAGCCAACAGAGAGCUAAAGAAGACUACCGAAGCCUACUGGCAAGGAAAGGUCAGCGUUGAGGAAUUGUUCAAGGUCGGAAAGGAAAUCAGAGAACAUAACUGGAAGUUGCAAAAACAAGCCGGCGUUGAUGUGAUUGCCUCCAACGACUUCUCGUUCUACGAUCAAGUUUUGGACUUGUCUUUGUUGUUCAAUGCUAUCCCAGAACGUUACGCCAAGUAUAACUUGUCCCCAAUUGACACCUUUUUCGCUAUGGGUAGAGGUCUACAGAAGAAAGCUACCGAGACCGAAGCUGCUGUCGAUGUCACUGCAUUGGAAAUGGUCAAGUGGUUUGACUCGAACUACCACUACGUCAGACCAACUUUCUCGCACUCCACUCAAUUCAAAUUGAACGGCCAAAAGCCAGUCGACGAAUUUUUGGAGGCCAAGGCUUUGGGUAUCCAAACUAGACCUGUCUUGGUGGGUCCGCUCUCUUACUUGACCUUGGGUAAGGCGGACAAGGAUUCUCUAGACUUAGAGCCAUUGAGCUUGCUCGAGAAGUUGCUACCAGUCUACGCUGAAAUUUUGAAGAAGUUGGCCGACGCCGGUGCCACUUCCGUGCAAUUAGACGAACCAGUUUUGGUCUUGGAUUUGGAUGAAAAGACCCAAGCUGCAUUCAAGACUGCUUACGAUUUCUUGGCUUCUCAAUCUGGUUUGCCAGCCAUUACUCUAGCCACCUACUUCGGCACCGUCGUUCCAAACUUGGGUGCUAUCAAAGACUUGCCAGUCGCUGGCUUCCACUUUGAUUUUGCGAGAAACCCAGAACAACUAGAUGAAGUUGCUUCCAUUCUAAACGACAACCAGACCUUGUCCGUUGGUGUUGUUGACGGUAGAAAUAUCUGGAAGAACGAUUUCGCGAAAUCUUCUGCGAUUGUUCAAAAAGCCAUUGAAAAGGUUGGCAAGGACAGAGUUGUUGUUGCCACUUCUUCCUCUCUACUACAUACUCCCGUCGAUUUGGAAAGUGAAAAGAAACUAAACCCUGAGAUUAAGGACUGGUUCUCUUUUGCCACUCAGAAAUUGGCCGAAGUUGCUGUGAUCGCCAAGAACGUCUCUGGCGAAGAUGUUUCUGCUGAACUGGAGGCUAACGCCAAAUCUGUUAGCACCAGAGCUUCUUCCAACAUUACUAACAAUGAAGCUGUUCAAAAGAGGGUCCAGUCCAUUGACGAAAAAAUGUCCAGACGUCUCUCCCCCUUCCCAGAGAGACUGGCUGUUCAAGAAAAGGCUUUCAAAUUACCAUUGUUCCCAACCACAACGAUUGGUUCCUUCCCACAGACUAAAGAUAUCAGAAUUAACAGAAACAAGUUUGUGAAGGGUACCAUCACUGCUGAGGAAUACGAGAAGUUUAUCAAUGCUGAAAUCGAAACCGUCAUCAGAUUCCAAGAAGAAAUUGGCAUCGACAUUUUGGUUCACGGUGAACCAGAAAGAAACGACAUGGUUCAAUAUUUUGGUGAACAGAUUGACGGGUACACCUUCACCACCAACGGUUGGGUUCAAUCCUACGGUUCUAGAUACGUUAGACCACCUAUCAUCGUUGGUGACUUGUCUAGACCUAAGCCAAUGUCUGUUAAGGAAUCCGUGUACGCUCAAUCUAUCACCACCAAGCCAUGCAAGGGUAUGUUGACCGGUCCCGUCACGUGCUUGAGAUGGUCUUUCCCAAGAGACGACGUUGACCAAAAGACUCAGGCUUUGCAACUGGCCUUGGCUUUGAGAGACGAAGUCAACGACCUAGAUGCUGCGGGUAUCAAGAUCAUUCAAGUGGACGAACCUGCCUUGAGAGAAGGUUUGCCAUUGAGAGCUGGCCAAGACCGUUCCGACUACUUGAAGUGGGCUGCUGAAUCUUUCAGAAUUGCUACAUCGGGAGUUGGUAACGAAACCCAAAUCCACUCUCACUUCUGCUACUCCGAUUUGGACCCUAACCACAUCAAGGCGCUAGACGCCGAUGUCGUGUCCAUCGAGUACUCCAAGAAGGACGAUCCAAAGUACAUUUCUGAGUUUUUGGACUACCCUAACCACAUUGGUCUUGGUUUGUUCGAUAUUCACUCCCCAAGAAUUCCAUCCACCGAGGAGUUCAAGGCCAAGAUUGAAAAGAUUUUGGAGUCCUACCCAGCUGAAAAAUUCUGGGUCAACCCUGACUGUGGUUUGAAGACCAGAGGAUGGGCAGAAACCAAAGAGUCUUUGACUCACAUGGUCGAAGCUGCCAAGUUCUUCCGCGAAAAAUAUGGUGCCAAGAAAUAA